CGCGCAUGCGCACUCGCGGCGGAAAUAAGGGGCAUAUUCCCCAUGCAACCCUGCUGAGGCUGAGGCUGUGAGGAGCACCAGUAAGAAGAGCCAGUAAAAAAAAAAACUGUUUUUGCACGAAAAAAAAAACCCCGCAUGAAAUCGAUUUGCCGGCAUGACUUCGUUAAGAAUUAUAGUCUGCAAAACGCUUUGCAGAGUGUCAAAACCUUGCCUGAGAAUGACGCUCCAGAAAAUGUCUUUGGUGCCUGCCAGAGACUGCUCUCAGGUGGGAAACCAAAGCAACACACUACGAUGGGAUCUCUCUCCAGAUGAGAUCAAGGCCAUGACAGACCACCUGAUUAGCAGAAUAAAGAGGGCUUAUGAUGACAUUGGAUCUCUAAAUAUAGAGAAAGUCUCUGUUGAAAACACCCUGAAAGCUUUGGCCGCUGCCAAGUUGGAUUACGCGGCAUCCCGCCAUGCUCUUGAUUUCCCCCAGUAUGUGUCUCCUUGUAAGGAGGUUCGCUUGGCAAGCACAGAGGCCGAUAAAAAACUGUCUGAAUUUGAUGUGGAGAUAAGUAUGAGGGAAGAUGUCUUCAAGAGAAUUAUUGCAUUGCAGGAAAAGCGCCCAGACAACCUUAAUCCUGAAGAAAACAGAUUCCUUGACCGCCUUGUUAUAUUAGGCAAGCGGAAUGGAUUACACCUGUCAAAAGAUGUGCAAGAGGAAAUAAAGAGAACUUCCAAACUCAUCAGUGACCUUUCCAUAGACUUCAACAAGAACCUGAAUGAGGAGAACACUUUUCUUGUGUUUUCUGUGCGUGAAUUGGUCGGCCUGGCAGAUAGCUAUCUGAAUGGGCUAGAGAGGACGGCAGAUGGUCAGUACAAAGUGACGCUGCAGUAUCCGCACUACUACCCCUUGAUGAAGAGGUGUGAGGUGCCCGAGACCAGGAGAAAAAUGGAAACAGCCUUCCACAGCAGGUGCAAAGAGGUAAACACAGCCAUCCUUGAACAGCUGAUAGAGCUGAGGGCAAAAGUUGCGAGCUUAUUGGGUUUCAAUAACCAUGCAAACUAUGUGUUGGAGGUUAACAUGGCCAAGAAUGCAAGCAAUGUGUCUGACUUUCUAGAAAAGUUCUAUGACAAAUUGAAGCCGGUUGGGGAAAAAGAGAGGAAAUAUAUUCUUGCACUAAAGAAGAGGGAGUGCCUGAUGAAAGGCUUCGACUUUGACGGACAGAUCAAUGCCUGGGACAUGCCCUACUACAUGAAUCAGGUGGAGGAGAUCAAGUUUGCUGUGAACAAGGACAAACUCAUUGAGUAUUUCCCACUCGACGUGGUGACCAAAGGACUGCUUGGGAUCUACCAGGACCUGCUGGGUCUCACAUUCACCAAAGUGAAACACGCCCAUGUGUGGCACGAAAAUGUCAGUCUGUAUUCAGUGCUGGACUCUGCAACAGGGGAGGAGAUUGGGCAGUUCUACCUGGACCUGCAUCCAAGAGAAGGAAAGUAUGGACAUGCCGCCUGCUUUGGGCUUCAACCUGGCUGCCUGGGGCCUGAUGGGAAACGCAGGCUUUCCGUGGCAGCCAUGGUGGCCAACUUUACCAAGCCCAGAAAAGGCUGGCCAUCUCUCCUCCAGCACCAUGAAGUGGAGACUUACUUUCACGAGUUUGGUCAUGUUAUGCACGAGCUGUGUUCCAAGACUACAUUUUCAGAAUUCAGCGGGACCCAGGUGGAAACAGACUUUGUGGAAGUGCCCUCUCAGAUGCUGGAGAACUGGGUUUGGGAGAAGGAGCCUCUGAGGAGAAUGUCUGGCCACUACAGGGAUGGCAGCCCAAUCCCAGAUCAACUACUUAAUAAACUCAUUGCUUCCAGAAUAGCCAACACUGGACUGAUGAACCUGCGUCAGAUAGUCCUCAGUAAAGUGGACCAGUCACUUCACACCAGCCCUCAUGCAAAUACAGCAGAGGUGUUUGCAAAGCACUGCCAAGACAUCCUGGGCGUCCCUGCCACUCCAGGAACAAAUAUGACAGCCAGUUUCAGCCAUUUGGCUGGGGGAUAUGAUGGUCAGUACUAUGGCUACCUAUGGAGUGAAGUCUACUCAAUGGACAUUUUUUUCAGUCGUUUUAGAAAGGAAGGCAUUAUGAAUCCAAAGGUUGGAAAUGAGUACAGAAGAGUGAUUCUGGAAGCCGGUGGCUCUGUGGAUGGGAUGGACAUGCUAAAAACUUUUCUUGGACGAGAACCAUGCCAGGAUGCCUUCUUUCAAUGCAAAGGACUGACAGCGCCAGAGGAACUAUAAAUAAUGUUACUUGAUACAGCCAUUUAUACUUUUAAAAAAAGUCCUAAAGUCAUUUUGUUUAAAGCAAGGCAGGCUGAUACCCCCAGUGCUCCAGGUGCUGGUAAAGUCCAAACCAAUUAAAAAUGGGUUUGCUUAAAAUAAGCAUUAGGUUUUUGCCAGUCAUGUAGAUGUACUUACUCUGUUGUGUUAAAAUGUAGGUUUGCACAACAAAAUCAGAGGAAUUAACAUGAGGGAAUUGAAAUCUGAAUCCUGAAGGUGAAAUUGACCAAAACUGUCUUUGAAUAUACUUAUGCCUAAAAGUGACACAAUGUCUGCUCACGGUGGUUUGGUCCUAAAUGUGUAAGUUUAAUUUUGGUUUAAUCAGAAGUACCCUCUGGGUUAAUACUUAAUUUGUUUUGACAGUGUUAUUGCAUUAUUUGGUUACUGUAUUUCAUUUGUGGUGUUUUCAGACACAGAGCAAUCUGCAGGUGGGUGUCUGUGCCAGUAAAAUAAUUGGACAUUCUUGCAGACUGCUUCAGAGCAAGACAAGAAAUAGUGGUACAUUAUGCAGUGCAUUGUGCCAGCUACAGAAAUGUCUGAGAACUGUGAAAUAUGCUGUUAUGUCUGUAUUGGUUUCAGGUAACACUACCCACAUAUUGCCCCAUACUGGAAUAUUUUUUAACAAUUCCUGGAAAAUGCCCCCCUAAGAUGCCAUCAAAUCCAGGGUAUACCCAGCCAAGGUGAUGUGUCAGACUGCUUUGCUGGGGACACUUAGCAGACUUUGAAGAUGUGUCAGUAACAGAGAUUAACUCAGUCACCACUUUCUUUGAAUGUAUGUGGCAGGGCUACAUUCUCACAGUAUUUGGGCCCGCUUGAUUCCAGAAGGGGCAAAAACAAGUAAUUAUUCCACCAGGGGGCGCCGCAGGACAGUAGAAGCCAAGGGCUGUAAGUCCUUUAAAAAAUGAAAAAAAUAUUGAUAGGGGCUAUGCCGGAGAUGACUAUUUUUCUGCUUUAUUGGAAAAACUGCCGGAUUAAUUGCCCGGCAAGACUUUGACUAAAGUGUUGAAAAUACUGCUUAAGAGGAUUACAGGCCUUUUUUUAAUGACC